AUGAAGUUCACUCUCCCUUUGCUGACCGUUGCCGGUCUUGGUCUCUCGACCACAGUCUCCGCCCUGCCCUCAUUCGCUGGCAAGUCCUUCGACGAAGUUGCUCGCGGCCUGGACCUCAACUCUGACCGUCCCGAAAUCAAGGCUUUCGUCAAGCGCGCUGAGGAAAUCCGCAACGGUGGACCCAUCUACCCCCGUGCUCAACGUGGUGACCGUGACAUUACCGCCCUCAUCAACCCUGCAACUUUCAAGUUCAACGACGAGGAGCAGAGCAUUGAUCUCACCUCUGACGAGCACAAGUUCAUUGCUCCCGGCCCCAACGACAUCAGAGGUCCUUGCCCUGGUCUCAACCUGCUCGCCAACCACGGUUACCUUGACCGCUCCGGUGUCACCACCCUGACCCAGGGUAUCGAUGCCAUCAACAAGGUCUUUGGUGUCGGACCCGACCUUGCGCUGGCCCUCAACGCCUACGCCGUCAUCUUUAACGGUAACAUCCUCGACGGCACCUGGUCCAUUGGUGGCCCCUACAAGUCCAAGAGCCUCGGCUCUUUGACCAACCUGCUGUUCGGUGACCCCGCCGGCAUCAACGCCCACAACGUUUACGAAGGAGAUGCUUCCAUCGUUCGUCAAGACUUGUACGACCCUGCUAGCGGUGGUAACAACGUCGACCUUCACAUGCCCUUCUACGAGGAGCUGCUCGCCGACGGUGGCAACAACUCUCAAGACGGCGUGGACGUCUUUACCCCUGAGGUCAUGCUCAAGCACAAGUCCGCAAGGUGGCACUACAGUGUUGCGAACAACCCCCGCUUCUUCCAGUCCGCCUUUGGUGGUCUGGUCGUGACCACUGCUGCUGAGCGUUUCGUCACCGAGUUCGCUGCCAACAAUACUGCCGAUGCCGAGGGCUACAACCGUAUCUACCUCGAUGAAAAGAACCUGCACGCCUUCUUCGGUAUCUACAAGGAGAACGGCAAGCUCGUCUACAAGCGCGGUCAAGAGAGACUUAUCCCUGGAUGGAAGCGUCGUCCCCUGGCCUCCAGCUUCUCCCUCGUCGACAUUGCUCUUACGCUCUUGGCUGCUGCACGUACCGACCCUUCGCUGCUCUCCUUCGGUGGUAACACUGGUACCGUCAACUCCUUUGCCGGACUCGACGUCGGCGACCUGUCCGGAGGUGUCUUCAACCUGGCCGGUCUUCUCAAGGACCCCCAGGAACUCCUCUGCUUCCUUUACCAAGCUGGUAUCGAAGAGCUUGUACCUACGCAACUGAACGUCUUAUAUAAAUCCCUUGGCCAGGUGACCAGCUAUCUCAGCGAUAACCUCAAGGCUCCUUGGUCGAAGGCUGCAAACAGCGGUGACAACCCUUGCCGUCCCUUUGACCAGAACAAGAAGAUCAACAUUCUCGACGCCUACAAGAAAUUCCCUGGCGCAAAGGGUGUCCCAGGAGUCUAA